AAAUCUGUUUGUUUCUCGGGAAAAUUUGCGAAUUACACUCAAUUUUUCGUUUUGUAUUCUUUUCUUUGUCCCGCCGGCGGAAUUCUUUUCCUAUAUAUCCGCGGGAAAUCGUCAAAAAUUGCGUUGAUUGAUUUAACCGAUAUAAGAUAACCGCUGAAAAAAACGGAAUCGGACAAGAAUGCCCAUGGACCGAGCCCAAACUCCUGAAACCACGAGAUCGCCGAUUGUCCUCUCCAUCGAGUGUCUGAAAGGUAGCUCGAAAGCCGAUGAAUGGACCGGAGACAUGCUCCAGACGGGGGACAUCGUGGAGGAGAUCCGGAUAGGCUCCGAUUCCGGGUCGGCCAAUACCACCCUAGGGACCCCGUUCAAGAACGGGAAGAGCGGGGUGCAGAAGAUUCUACACAACUCCUUCAAGAAAAAGGAGACCUCGAUUCUGGUCCGAGUGAGGCGGGGCAGCGACAACUUGGCUCAGUUGCAGGCGUGUAUCGUGCCAAACCAAUCCGGUGGGAAGAAGCAGUACAUGUUGAGGUCCAUUGCCGAUCCGAAUUACGCCGUCGGGUUCGCCGAUCGCACGGAGGCCGAGUGCUUCGAGUUGCAAGCUUCAAGGAGCUCAAGGAUGGUCAGGGCGCUGUCUCAUACAAAACUUCAGGAUGGAUAUGUCGCAUAUCCAUGGGAGAAGAGGAUGCAAGAUUUGCUUUUAGUUCCAAACUCAAGUUCCUUUCUUUCUAUUCUCCUGCUUCCAAAAGCUUCAGAUCGAGUAGCUUCUCGAUACAAUGACUUGGAGGAUACUCUUGCUCGGGCAAAUGCCUGGCUAAAUGCAGCUCAGUCUUCUGGGGUCCCUAUCGUCUUCAUGAAUAUCCAGACUGAGUCUCUGCUAACUAAGAUUUCUGGAGAGACAGCCUCCUCUACUGUGAAUACAGGCUCAUUGUCUGAUUUAUCAAACCUUGCAAAUGCAAGUCUCUAUGGUUUUGAGGAUUACCAUGGAGUUGACAUUGGUGUUGUUCGAGCUGUUCGCCUUUGGUAUGCUCCUAUUGCCGGAGAAAUUUCAAUUGAGAUCAGACUAAAUGAAAGUGAUUCAAAGCUUGGAUUUGCCAUUAGUCGAACAGAAGAGGUUUGCUAUUGGAUAUUCAUUGCUCUUAGACAUCAUUCUUGGAUUUCUAAGGGAAUCAUAUUAAUUAUUAUGUGUGUGGAUUUGCCAUUAGUCGAACAGAAGAGGUUUGCUAUUGGAUAUUCAUUGCUCUUAGACAUCAUUCUUGGAUUUCAAAGGGAAUCAUAUUAAUUAUUGUGUGUGUGUGUGUGCUGAAACAAUAUCAUAGUCAUUUUGUUUCUCUUAACAGGGAUUCAUCUACAUUUCAUCUGUUAUUGAUGGUGAUGAAAACAUUCCCUCAACAAGAGCAGGACUAAGUGAACUUUACAAAGAAGCAGUAAGUGCAUCCAGGCUACUAGUUGUCUCAAGAGUAUCAAACCAGAAGGUCCUUCCAUGGAUGGUUUCUUCAACUGGAGCACUUAGAUGUUUUGAUACUGUUUCCCUCAGCCAGAAGCUCUCACUGCACCGGCAUGCCAAGGUGCCAAUUCUUAUUCAUGUGUUCUUGUGGGAUAUAGCAUUGGCUUCCCAAAGAGGAGGCAGUUUUAGGUUUGAAGCAUCCUCCCCAACUCCAUUAGCUCUACCACCUGAGGUUAGAUUGCCACACAUUCCCAGUGAGAAUCAGAUACCAACUCUACCACCUGAAGUUCCAAAUGAAAGAAGUAUUAUCCAGCGGGACACUGCUGGGGAGAUCUCUUUCAGGUUCCAUAAUUUUUCACCUCCAAACAACUGGGUCUGAAUUUUGUUCCUUAUUUUCUGUAUUGUAGACAUGCCAUGUUCAUGAUCAAAGCUAGUAAUGGACUUAAUUAUUAGGUAGGUUGAUUUAGAAUUACCUAGGUUUGAUUCGGAAAAUCCAGAAUGAACUCAUAUAAGUAAUCUUUCUUUCCCACACUGUAAAUAGUUGUUUUUUCAUAUCCCUAUGCAUGGCACAUGGUGAUGUACCAAAAGGAGUUUGUAUGACUAUGUAACAGAAAUUUUACACUCUUGAACAAAGUUUGAGUUAUGUUUUUCUGUAGUGUAAUUUGUAAGGAAUAAUAAUUUGUGGAGAGAUUU